CACUCUCUGAGGGUCCUCUUUUGCGUGACUGUCAAAUCUCCUUAUUCUCUCUCUCUCUCUCUCUCUCCCUCCGAGAAAAUUACACAGAUUUUCCGAGAAAAUCAAAUCAGAGAGAGAAAAAACUGAAGCCGAAACUUUUGUCCGCGAGAUUCGGUUCGGUCUGUCCGAUCGGCGAUCUUCGCUCUCCUUCCUGUGCAGAUCCCCGCCUCUCUCUCUCCUCUCUCUCCGACCGUAUAAAUGUCCUGAGACUUUUUCCAGGUUACAGAUAUUAGAGGGAAUAUCUAUAUAUUAUCAAUGGAGGGUGACAUGUUCAAUGGAGCACAGUUUGAUGGCAAGAUUCUUCAGACAUUUCAGAAGAGUUUUGUCCAAGUUCAGAACAUUUUGGACCAGAACAAGCUGCUAAUCAAUGAGAUUAACAAGAAUCACGAAUCCAAGAUCCCGGAUAACCUCGGAAGAAACGUCGGUCUGAUCCGAGAACUCAACAAUAACAUGAGGAGAGUCGCGGAUCUUUACGCCGAUCUUUCCAACAACUUCUCCAAGUCGAUGGACGCUUUGUCCGAGGGAGAUUCGAGCGCAGGAGGCAAGGCAGGGCAAAAGAGAAUCAGGCCUGUUUGAUGACAUUCUGGGGGUCAUUUCUGUCAAUUCUUUUUUACUGUGGGUAAAUGCAGAAGAAUUACAAAAUUGAGGGGUGGAAAGUAGAAUCAUAAUAUUUACAUAUGGGGUCAAGUUUCUGUAGCUUCAUGCGUCAUUGGUGUGUGUACUUGUGAACUGUUUAGUCUUCACAGCCAUUAGAUCCUCACUUCCCAUCUUUUUCGUUCUCUCAUUUAUGUUAGAAAUAAAUGUUCCCCAAAAGUUUCCUUUC